CAGGUUACUGUUUGAAAAUCAUCAUUCAAUUGGAAACACUCUUACUUACAACCUUUUACAAAGUAAAAAAAUAAUCAAAGUACUUACAAAGGAAAUGGCUUCAAAAAUAAUUGUGAAUUUUACUGCUCUUGCUGUUUUCAUUCAGAUUUCUUUGGGCCAAGUUCUACCCGCAGCAUACGCGUCCGGCAAUUCUGUUGUCGAAAACAAUGUCGUCGUCAACUCAGCUAAUGGACUAGGCUUGGCGAACGGGGCAAACCUGGCAGGCGCCAACACAGCCGGGGCUAACUUGGCAGCAACAAACUUCGUCGGGGCCAACCUCGCUGGAGUCGCAAACUUGGCGAACGCCGCAAGCUUAGCUAACGCUAAUUUGGGCGUCGCAAAUGUCGGACUUGGCUCCCUCUCUACCGCUCCUGGUUACAUCAACCUCGCUUCAGUAUCCGGCGGUGGAGUUCUACCAGUCACAAGUUACUCCCCAAUCGCCCCUGGUGGUCUGUCAGUAUUGUCAGACAACGCUAUUGAAGGAAACCUGGUCGUGACUGGAGAGUUGCCGUUCCUUAGUGCUGUAGCUUUCGAAGGAGCGUUAAACACAGGUGGCGCUGGUGCUGCGAGCUGUGGGUGCGGCAGUGGCGACAUCGGUAUCACCAGUGAGAACUACGCGCCAAGUCUUAAUGGUCUCGGUUUCGGAUUUGGCGGCGGCGUAAGAGGCCUUGGUGGUCUUAGACUGUAAAUCAUUUUGUUAAUAAUGUUAUGUUGUUGUAAUAAAGUUGUUGAAUUGUU